GAUUCUCCUCCCCCUUACAUACUUGCCCCUUACUUGCCAUCAAAGUUCUGGUUCUAUGGAACGAACAUGAACAUUAACAUUAACAUUAACAUUAACUAGCAUUAACGGAACACGUAGGAAUUGUUUCUUGACUCCUCCCUUGCUAGUUAGCAUUAGUCUUUAGCAUUCAUUACCUCACUACCAAUAUAUAAUUUCAAAAUUACCAACAUCAAGGCAAGCAGAUGGCCCCGCGUCAGUCCGUCCUCCCGCUCGCCUACCGAGCCUUCUUCCUCAUCGUCGAGCCUAUAUCCGCCCUCGUAGGUGCCUUCUUCGCGCACUUCCGGCAGGAUGAAUAUCUCUCUAUGACAGUUCAUGCCGAGACGCCGGUUCCUCUCGGGACGUCCGUCGUUCUCUCGCAGCUCGCCAACCUCUACUUACUGUUCGCACUUAACGAGGCCCUGGUACUACGGUCUACGGGCGAUCUCCGGGUAUGGCGAAUGGUGUUGUUCGUCUUACUAGUAGCCGACUUCGGCCACCUCUACUCCGUGAGCGGGUUGGGAUCUUGGGUCUACUGGGACGUGACGCGUUGGAAUCCCAUCGAUUACGGGAACGUCAUGUUCGUAUAUCUAGGCGCGUCAAUGAGGAUCGCGUUUCUCGCCGGGGUCGGGCUGGGGGUAUCAUCCCCGGCAAAGACGAAAAAGUCGGCCUGAGGAGUCCUUUAAGGAAUUCGAAGCGACAAAUCACCCUUUACUACCUACUAUCCCAACAGCACCAAUCAUGAGCCCUCUAUUCUCGGUACUAUGCCCCAACAAUCAAGGCCAAAUAAUUUUCCUUUUCAAAGAGGUCUUACAACAAACCAUUUGGAACCCACAAUAAUAAGAAUUUUUCCGAAUCACUCGGUACGAUGAAAUACCGCACUGACGGUUUUUAGGUCGUGGGGUUUAGCUCUAUCUCCGACCCAUCGCUAAUACCAUUAUACCGUAUUCGGUUGGCUCCAAUCAGAUUGACUGACCAAAGAUAUUGAAGUGAUACAGCUUCUAUGACUGGGUUCGGUCCCGGUUUAGCGAAGAAGACAUUCAUGCUUCUAGCAUUGCUCCGAAACUGGAGUAGACACGCCGCUAAGAGUACCGGUUCUAUGCCUAUUGUGGAUAAAAGGCUGAUUGGUUUUGGGGGGAUAUACUGGGGAUACUCUCUAGACCGGGGG